AUGGAGGACACUAGUUCCCACAAUUCUUUCGCUGAUGACCUCAAGAAACGUGUCAUGAAGGUUUUCAAGGAUGCGACCAAAGACUGUGAGGACAAGGUCUUGAAAAAAAUGUUUGAUUCCAUUGGCGACUAUGACUUCCUUAACAGCUAUGCCUUUCAUGUCUUCAGAACAUUGGCAAAUUCCGGCAUCCCUGAGGAAGCCAAAGAGCUCUUUAAGCCUUGCUCUGAGUUGGCUGUACUGCCUGACGUGGCCACCUUCACCAUUGUCAUUUGGGACUAUGCCAAUGCCGGCAAGACCAACGCUGCUCACAAGGUCUACCAGCAAAUGAUAGCCGCCGGUGUCGCCCCCACCUCCUGCACUUACUCUAUACUCAUCACGGCACUUGCAACAGACUCGUCUUCUGAUGUCAAUUUUGUUGGGUAUGCCAAGAAGUACUUUUUGGAAAUGUUGGAUAAGGGGAUGAAGCCCCAUUCUGCCUCCUGCAUGACUGUUGUCGACGCCAUUGCCUGCCGGGAGUCAGUGGAGAAGGUCAGGGAGUUCCUUGAGCAGAUACAAGCAAAGGGGUUCAUCCCUGAGUCCAAAAUUUUUCAGCUUGGAGAAACCCACCUUGAAGAAGCAAUGAAAAAAAUGAAGAUGAAUGAUGAUCUCAUCACCAAUACCACUGACAAGGAUGUGCAAAAAGUAUUCCGCACGUGGAACACCAAGCCGGAUUGCCUCUACAAAAAGGCGUUGAAGAUGUACAAGGCUUUGAUUGAGGAUGGCAAUGCAGAACAGACCAUGGAGCUUUAUAAGCGCGUUGUUGAGAUGUGUAUGCAGCCCAUGGUUGUGGUGCACACCUCUGUUAUUGAAGCCUAUCUCAAGUUUGGCAAGACCAAGGGUGCUCUGGAGGCAUACUACGGCAUGUUAGCUGCUGGGGUUGCCCCAAACUCCUACACUUACACUGUUCUAAUCAAGGGACUCACUGCUAACCCCAACUUCUCUGGAGAUGCCAAGAAGUGCUUGCUUGAGAUGAUGGACAAGGGGAUGAGGUCUAAUGCUGCCACCUACACUGCUGUGAUAGAGAGCUUUGCAAAGCUAGAGGAUGAGGCUUCUUAG